AUGGCUGCUAGUGCUGAACCUCAAGCCCAGCCGCCCACACAAAACAACACGCCGACCGCUCAGCCUGCUGCCCGUCUUCCUGAGGAUCUCAAGGCAGGAAUAGAACAGUUUCUCUCCCAGCUGACCCACCAUGCAUGGAACCCCUCACCCACCAACCCCUCACCCACGGAGGUCAAUGAACCACCUUACCCUCCACCCCCUCACCCAUGGAGGUCAAUGACCCCCUUUUACCCGGUCAUGACCGUCAAGAACGCGUCAAUACUAAGGCAGCUACUCACGCAGCCACAACAACAACAACCUUUGAAAAGUGAACAAGAUCGCCAGCAGCAACCAUCAACAACACCAUCUCAAUCUUCAAUUCAACAGCAGCAGCAACAGUCUUCAUCUCGUACG